UCUCUCGAAGUGGGUAGCAUUUGGGAAACAAGCAAUCUGUACUGCUCGUACAUUCCCCCAAGAGCUAAGCUCUCACUAAAUCCCGCUUGACGACCAGAACUCAGAGUUGCUCACAGUACAGACUCUCCCGGGUUCUCUGAGUAAUAAAUGUGUAAUUUUUCCUCAGUUUGUAACGCUCGUUGCCGUGGCUUUCCACCCUAGCAUCUUUCGACGGCAUCAUACGUUUUCGCCUUGACAUUGUGUUCCAACGUUGUGACUCACUUGUCUGGGACAGGCGAAAGUUUUUCCCUCACUAAUUCACUGGCCCGCGCCUGGUUUUCCCAAGGGCUUGGGCGGCUCCUAAAGCACAUCGCCCAAGGCGGACCCUUUGGCCCAACCAGACGUGUUCGAGAUGACCCAACGACUUGGGGUGGGGUUCGCAGCCGGCUGCGUUGCCUCGCUCCGCUCUCCGUGGACGGGUCUCACCUCCACCGGGAACAAGAGCCGCGUAAUCGAAAAUGCGCUCAUGUCUGCGUAGCCCAGGCUGGGUCCAAAAGCGGAAGAAGAACACGCUCGGUUGUCCCGCAACGUGGUUGCAGGAGCGGGGAACGUGCUUGUGACAAGAGUGUCGCCGUGUCGGAAGAGCGGUUUGUGAGUACGCGGAGUUGAGAUAGAUCAGUGUAGGUGAGAGUUCUCCUUUGGCUAACUGGACAUCCAAGGAAAGGAAAAACUGGAUUCCAUGACUACAAGGUCUUCCUUCUUCCCAUCAAGAGAAGUUUGGUCCUUCCCCGGUUUCAAAGACAACAUUAAGGUUCGUCUGCCAGCAUGAAGCCUGAUGAGGUCCCCCUGUUUGACCCCGGCCUGCUCAGGGAGAUCGACUGGAGCCAGAACACUGCCACCUUCUCGCCCGCCAUCUCCCCCACCCACCCCGGCGAUGGCCUCGUCCUAAGACCGCUUUGCUUGGCCGAUGUAAAUCGAGGUUUCUUUAAGGUAUUGGGUCAGUUGACAGAAACUGGAGCGGUCAGCCCUGAGCAGUUCACCAAAUCCUUCGAGCACAUGAGGAAGUCGGGCGAUUACUACGUUACAGUUGUGGAAGACCUAACGGUAGGCCGGAUCGUGGCCACGGCGACUCUGAUCGUAGAACAUAAAUUCAUCCACUCGUGUGCCAAGAGAGGAAGAGUAGAAGACGUGGUUGUCAGUGAUGAAUGCAGAGGAAAGCAACUGGGCAAACUAUUACUGUCAACUCUUACACUGCUCAGUAAGAAGCUGAACUGUUAUAAAAUUACCCUGGAAUGUCUCCCACAAAAUGUAGGUUUCUAUAAAAAGUUUGGUUAUACUGUAUCUGAAGAGCGGUACAUGACCCGGAGGUUUCUAAAGGCAGACAAUCCGCAGUAAUUAUUAUUAUUGUUUUUUUAAAGAGCCACAGGUAGAGGGUCUUGUGCUACAAGAUUAUUCAACCCCUGGAAACUUUUUUUUUUAAAGUACUGUUAUAAAUAAUGGAUUGAAAUAUUUGUAAAAUGUUACUGGUACAGUGACUUUGGGUGGGGGAGACAUACUGUAGGAUUAAGUUAAAGGAAUAUCCACAAAGGGGAUGGUUUUUAACCAAAGGAAUCUAUUUUUAUCUUGAAUUUUUUCUUGCAUUGUAUUUUUCUAAAGUUUUGUUCCAUUCCUUGGAAGACAAAGGCUAGAUAGUAGAGCACGUUUCUCCUAUCUGCACUUUUCCACUUACUGAAAGGUGGUGGAAAGGUCCUGCUAUGCACAGACAGUAACAAUGUAGAAAAGCGUAAGAGUGUGGAUUUCUAAUCAGAGAGACAAAUACUACUGACAUGGCUAUAUUCUAGAGCCAGUUUCAGAGUUUGUGGUGUCUUAAAUUUGCAUCCAAGCAGGAGGUGAAUUGUUAAAUGGGGCAGAGAUGUCAGUGGUUCAUGUGAAAACUAAAUUCAGACUCAGCGGCAGUAAUUGUCAGUUGAUUUGUGAAAUUUGAGUGAUGGGCACUUAAAGAAUCAAUGUAAAAUGGAAUGCUUCUAGUGCAAAAGUAAUAACCUCAAUUUUGCUCUGAAUCCUGUAUUCUAAGUGGGCAAAAUGGAAGGCAGUCCUGUCGUUCUGUGAAAUGCAGUAAAUAAUUUAGAUCUUUAAGGACCCCUAGGUUUUCCUAAGGUAAAGAGGGGUAUGUCUUACCUUUUGACCUGAAUAGUCACCUUGUUCCACAACUGGAGAGUAGGAGCAGCGUGGUCUAGUGGAAAGCGCACAGGCCUGGGAGUCAGAGGACCUGGGUUCAAAUCCCAGCUCUGUCACUUAACUUCUCUGAGCCUCUGUUUCCUUAUCUGAAAAAGGAGGUGGUCGGGGGGAAGGGUUCAGUACCUCUUCUCCCUCCUGUUCGGAUUGUGAGCUUCAUGUGGGACAAGGACUCUGUCUGACUUGAUUAUCAUGUCUUUACCCCAGCACUUAGAACAGUGCUUAAUACCAUAUAAUAAUUAUGCAGUCCAUCUCUCAUUCUACCUGGGCAGCAGCCUCUUAAAGUAAAAGAAGUCUCCUUCUCAAACCCCUUAGACCCGAUGGACUGUUUACUCCGCACCUUCUCGGAGCUGGUGGGAGUUUUUCUAUUUAAUGUGGUCACGGUAUUGCACUCAACAUAUAUUUGGGCCUCUGAGGUGUUUUAUUUAUUUUUUUAAGGUGUUCUUUCAGUUCCAAUAAAUGAUUAUCAGAAAAUA